AUGGCGAUCACCUCCUCCGGCACCCUCUGCAAGCACCAGAGCUCGGCGUCCCGCCACCGCUGCCGCGUCUGCGCCGUCGUCUCCCUGGCCGCGCUCGUCCUCCUCGCGGUCGUCGCUGCCGUGCUGGCACUCUACCCGCGCCCAGCCGUCCCCACGCUCGAGGCGCUCCGCCUCGCCUCGAUCUCCCUCUCCCCGACCGGCGCCUCCCUGAACGCCACCCUCGACGCCGACCUCGCCAUCCGCAACCCGAGCCCCGUGGCCGCCUUCACGCACGACGCCGGCUGCGCCGAAGUCUACUACCGCGGCGCGCUCGUCGCGGACGCCGACCUGCCCCCCGGACGCGUCGGCGCGGGUGGCACGGAGGCUAUGACCGUCCGGUUCACCGUGCUCGCCGACAGCCUCGCUGCGAGCGCGGCGCAGCUGUACGGCGACCUCGUCGGCGCCGGGGACGUGCCGCUCACCGUGCGGACGGCCGUGCCGGGCAAGGCCACGGUGCUCGGCAUGCUGAGGCGCCGUGUGGUCGUGGUGACGGUGUGCGACGUCGCGGUGAGCGUGCGCGCGCCGGGCGCGCAGACAUCGUCGUGCCGGUACCGGACCAAGCUCUAG